AUCCAUCACAAGCUAACUGUUCUCCAUCCACCAACCACCGAGCUUACCCUCUACACGCAUGCCGGUACCUCGUCCCUCUCAGAGCGCUAUAACCCGCAGGGUAGUAUCAGCCUUCAUCCAAGGUGGAGGUUUUAUUCCACAAGUAUCGGCGUACAUGAUGGGAGCUGAUACUACCCAGGUGGUCGCGUUAUGGUCACAAGGAGCUGUGAUGUGCCGUGAUCCUGGACAUUCUUCGAAGAGGGACGAGGGCAUGCAUGAUCUGAUCAUUCCAUUAUUCUUCUUUCUUCAAGUGAAAUGAGAUAAGAAUAAGAAUCAAGCUUAUCCCACGUAGCUUCGACCUUGAGAACAGUCUCUUCACAUUACAGCCUACUCCUACCUCUCUACUUACAGAGUAUUCUACAGCUCAAACAUGUCCCCCCUCCAUUUCCUCCCUCUCUUCGUCUCCCUCCUCCCCAUCCCAGUCCUUACAACCCCCGUAACCCAAAGAGCAACCCCAACAACCUGCAACGGCAACCCAGCCUAUUGCACCCGCCUCUACUCCAACAUCACCUUCCUAGGCGCCCACGACAGCCCCUUCAACCUCGAGGUGACAGAACAACUAGACCUGGGCAUCCGCUUCCUCCAGGGCCAGACACACAAGAGCCUCGACGAGAGCGACACUGCGCUCCGGCUAUGCCAUACCUCCUGUCUGCUCGAGGACGCGGGGACCUUGCAGUCGUUCCUGGAGACCGUGAAGGGGUGGCUGGAUGCGCACCCGGACGAGGUCGUCACCCUGCUCUUGACGAACGCGGAUAGUGUGCCAGUGGCGCGCUUCGACGAGGCCUUUGCGGGGGCCGGGUUGAGGGACUAUGCGUUUGUGCCGGAGGGGAGCCCCCAGACGUUGGCGAUGGAUGCGUGGCCGACCUUGGCGGCGUUGAUUGAGAAGGGGAAGAGGCUGGUGGUGUUCCUGGAUUACGGCGCCGAUGUCAACUCCGUCCCCUAUAUCCUCAACGAGUUCGCUUAUUACUUCGAAACCCCCUUCGACGUAACAGACGCAAACUUCCCGAGUUGCAGCAUCGACCGUCCAUCCGGUGCCUCGGCUGAUGGGCGCAUGUACAUCGUCAAUCAUUUCCUGGACGUCGAGAUCCUGGGCAUCCUGGUCCCCGAUCGCUUGCGCGCACCGCAGACCAAUGCCGUGUCUGGUAGUGGCAGUAUUGGCGCGCAGAGCGCAUUGUGCAGCUCUCUCUACGGUCGGAAGCCUAACGUUGUCCUGGCGGAUUUCGUCGAUCAAGGUCAAGUCAUGAACGCACAGAACGCUCUGAAUGGUGUCUGA